UGUGUUGUUGCCUUUUGCGAAACCAGCGGCUGUUGCGUGGUGCAACAAUAACUAGACUGAAACAAUGCACUUCCUGCGCCGUAAAUUGCGUAGCCUGCUGUCGCUGGGCAGCUGCAGCCUUCGACGCGAAGCGUCCAACGGAGGCUCUGUCGCCAAGGAGAAAAUGGGAGCCGGCGCCCUCACCAUGCACAAGCUGCGGGAGUGGCACGGCAGCGCAUUCAGCAACAAGUUCCUGCUCUUCACCAACGUGGGCAUCUCGCUGACGCUCAGCUCUGUGGGCGAUGUGCUCGAGCAGCAACUGGAACUGUACAACGGCGAGAUCGAGGAGUACUGCAGCACACGCACUAGUCACAUGGCCACCAGUGGCGUGGCCGUGGGCAUCAUUUGCCACUAUUGGUAUCAGCUGCUGGACAAACAUUUGCCCGGUCGCAGCAUGCGCGUGGUGGCCAAAAAGAUUGUGCUCGAUCAGGUCAUCUGUUCGCCAUUGUAUAUCUCAGCCUUUUUCAUCACUCUGGGCAUACUGGAGAAGAAGGAUGCCGGCGAGGUGUGGGAGGAGAUCAAGGAGAAGGCAUGGAAGCUGUAUGCGGCCGAAUGGACUGUCUGGCCGGUGGCACAGUUUGUCAAUUUCUAUUGGGUGCCCACACACUAUCGCAUCUUCUACGAUAAUGUGAUCAGUCUGGGGUACGAUGUCUUCACCUCGAAAGUGAAGCAUGCGCCAUCACAUCUGCCCAAGCUGAAAACAACCACUCAGAGUUAGCUAGUUAAUUAUUAAUUUUAUAUAAAAAUGACAUGUAUAUUGUAAAUAGUCUUGUGUAAAUAAUUGCCUGUCAAUGCGCGCGUCGAUUUCCAUUUUGACGGAUUCGAACCAAAGAUGUACCCUGACUUGCUGUUGCAACUCCAGCCAAUAAAUAAAUGGAACGCAAAGAAUACAAACAACAAAAAAUAUAAAACACAAACUGGUUGCGU